GUCGUCUUCACGCCGCAUGAGAACUUCACUUCACUUCAUCUCUACAGGGUCACCGUCCGAGCAAUGGCUUCAGAAGAGGUCUCGCCUUCCGUUGACACACGGCAGCCCUCCGAAGCCCUCGAGCUCGAUGAUGGCUAUGUCACCGCGGAGCUUGAGGCAUCCAGUCUCCCUCCAACGGAUGGUGGUGUCGCAGCAUGGCGGCUCCUACUCGUAGCAUUCGUCUUUGAAGCUCUGCUCUGGGGCUUUCCACUCUCUUUUGGCGUCUUCCAGAACUACUACUCUAGCCUCCCCGAAUUCAAGGGCAAUCGUUAUAUCUCCGUGGUCGGCACGAUCGCAUCAGGGAUCUCAUAUCUCGGAGCUCCCUUGUCUGUGCCUCUGGUGAGGCGUUUCUCAAACUACCGGACACAGAUGAUACUGGUGGGAUGGCCGCUGUGCAUUGUUGGAUUGAUUGCGGGAAGCUUCGCGAACCGGUUGUCGACCCUCAUACUAACCCAAGGAGUUAUGUACGGCAUAGGCUUCAUCAUUUUCUACUAUCCGAUCUUGACCAUGGUGGAUGAAUUCUGGGUGAGAAGGAGAGGAAUGGCGUACGGGUUCUUGUGCGGCGCAUCUGGGGCAUCAGGUGCUGUCAUGCCAUUGAUACUGCAGGCGCUGCUGACCAGGUUCGGGUAUCGAACCACACUCAGGGCUGUGGCCGUGGCGCUUGUCGUGCUGACAGGACCUUUGAUUCCUUUGCUUCGGGGCCGACUUGGACCGCAAGCUAAUAGGAGCCUGCGAACAAGUUGGAGGUUCCUCGGGAAGCCACUGUUCUGGAUCUACAGUCUUAGCAACCUCUUGAUGGGAUUGGCUUAUUUCUUCCCUUCGCUUUAUCUCCCAUCUUACGCAACGGCGGGUGGUCUCAGUGUAUCAAACGGAGCAUUACUGCUCACAGUCAUGAGUAUUUCACAAGUUGCGGGACAGUGGACAUUUGGCUAUCUUUCCGACAAGAGACUGUCGCUCAAUACUCUCAUGACAGUCUCCCUCACGGUUGCAGCUACUGCGACCCUCAGUACAUGGGGUCUUGCGCGCUCCUUACCUCCGUUAAUCAUCUUUUCACUAUUGUAUGGCUUCUUUGGCGCAGGCUAUACGGCCAUGUGGGCGAGAAUGGUCUCUGCGAUUGACGCCGAACCUUCCGCCCAUCAAGCCAUGUUUGGCCUCUUUUGCUUCGGAAAAGGCGUGGGAAAUGUGUUGGCUGGUCCGAUAAGCGCCGGCCUGCUGAGAGCAUCUUCUGGCACGGCUGGGUAUGGGCAUGGAAUGUACAAACCGGUCGUGAUUUUCACUGGAGUUUGUCUGCUUCUCAGCGCCGGCACCCUCAUCGCAACCAAAUGCAAUUGGAGAAAGUGGCAGGGAGCAUGAAUUUCUAGCGUUCUUGCUUUUGAUAGCUUUUGGGGG